AUGAAUGAUUACGUAGCCAACUAUUUAAUCAAGAAUAAUUUCAUGCUCACUGCAUUGGAAUUCUAUCAAGAACUUUUGGAAGAAGGACAAGAAUUAAAACUUUUGAGAGAUUACUUUGAAAACAAGGAAUAUAAGAAUGAACAAGCAUCAUCAUCCAACAGCAAUGGUAUGAUGAUUCAAGUCGAUUCACAACAUACAAAAGCUCUCGAAGAACAAUUAAAAAAGAAGGAUGAAACCAUUUCAAUGAUGGAAUACGAAAUUAGACUUCUCCAAUCAGAUAUUGCCAAAUUAAAAGGUCAAGCAAAGGAAAGUUUUGUUAUACCAACAGUAAACAAAACAGCUAAAGCAAAUGAAAACACUGAAGGUAAUGAAGAUGAAAAUGCCGAAGGAAAUGAUGAACCUACAACACCAAAUGUAGAUCACAAGAUGGCCUCCGAACCAUUAACAGUACACGAAAAGCAAGUUGUAAAUUAUCUUGUUAAAGAUUACUUGGUUAAACAAGGAUAUAAAAUCAGUGCUAUUAGUUUCACUGAUGAAGUACACGAAAUGGACAUGUUCAAUUUAGAUGAAGUUUUAUCAAAUAGUGAUGAAAAUGAAUUGCCAAUAGGUUUGUCAUAUCUGUAUAGACACUAUUAUAGUGGAGGUGAUAAGACCAAACAAAAUAUGAAGGACACAAAGGCACUCAGAGAAGCUCUUGCUCAAUUGGAACAAAAGGAUAAAUUGAUUCAAUCUUUGGAAAAGUCAAUUCAACGUCAAGAUAAAGCAAUAGAAAAGCUCAAGUCUCAACUUGAAUCUAAUGCAACAUCAGCAACUACUUCAGAUGAAACACCACUAAAUUCAAGCACUGAUGAAUCUAACUCAGUUGUUUCACAAGAUGUUAUGGUACUUCAAGCCAAACUUAGAGAAUUUGAAAAUCAAGAAUCGAGUAUUAUUCAAAUUUUGGGUGAAAAACUCCCUGCUCUUUUGGAAACAGCCAAAUCAAACAAGAGACAAGAAUUCAUGCCAAUUCUUGUUGCAACCCUCCAAUCACACCCAGAUGCCGAAGUGAGAGAAACACUCUCCGAAUCUCUAUUCAAUCUCAUCAAGAAACCUGAUGAUCAACAACGUCAAAUGAUCAUUAAUGGAUGUAUUAGUUUAGCUAGACGUAUUUCUCCAGAUAGAUUUGAAAAGGAACUUCUCCCUCAAUGUUGGAAACAAAUUACUCACAAGUAUACUGAAAGAAAAAUACUGGUUGCUGAGGCCUGUGGUGAAUUAUCUCACUACGUAAAGGCCUCUCUGAGACCAACAAUGCUCUUGACAACUCUCUUCAAACUCAUGGAAGAUAAAACUGAUGAAGUGAGAGCUUCAGUUGUUAUCAACUUGGCCAAAUUAGUCAAGACUUUCACAGAGGAAGAAGAUGUUGAAAGUAAGAGUAAAUAUUUCCAAAUCGAAGAAAUGACACUCAAAUUCCUGUACGAUAAGUCAGAAGCUGUUGAAGAUGCUGCAACAACACAACUUGUACCAUCUCUCAUAACAUGGUGCUUUACCUUUGAUUAUUUAUUUGAAAAGUUUGCUCCAACCCUGUUGAGUAACAUUGAGAAUUUGAUUAAGAAGAGACUCAAGAGUGGAUCAAAUGCCAGUAGCUCCAAGAUUGUUGUCCUUUUGAGAUGUUUCAGUGGUGUCAUACCAUACAUUCUCAAAUUAAUGACCAAGACAAUGCCAGCAGAAAUUCACAACUCUGAAAAUACCAAGGAUGAACAAUCCAUGAAAAAGAUUAUGGAUAAGUAUAUUGGAGAAACUUCUCUUUCGGAUUUGGAAAAGACCAAGUCUGCAUCUUGGAAGGGUCUUUACUGGUUACUCAAUGUUUGCACCAGAAGACUCUUAUCUGUUGCUGCCUCUGUAAACAUUGAACAUACCAAUAUUUCUAAAGAAAUUUACACAAUUUUCAAUGGAUUAUGUGAAGCAUUUGGAGAACCUGUUAUUUCAAAGAUUUUCGAACAAAAGAUUGUUUCCCUCUUGGAAACAAGCUCAGACACCAUCAUUGACGGAACUAUUGAAGUUGUAAAGAAGGAAAAGGACACUGAAAGAACCAGUGUAACUAUUGUAAAGGAAAGACUCUUACCAGUGUAUAUUUGUGGUGUAUUACCAUUCAGUCCUAAGGAAAGAAUUUCUGAAGUACUGAGAACACUCAUUAUCAAUGUAUCCAUCUCAGAGAGAACAUGGGAAAGCUCACAUAUGCCAUUCUUGUACAAUGCCCUUAUUAGCGGUGUAACCAUGAAUGAAAAGCUGAGAAAUGACAUUCUUACUGUUGUAUGCAAACUUGCUGUUAAUCCUUCCAAGGUUGUUCGUUCAUCAGUUGCUGAUAUUUUAACUGAAUUAAUUGAACCAUUGGAAUCUGAAAUUUUGGCAGCUCAAAUCUUGCCUGCACUCAUUACAGUUGCCUCUGAUAUGGAAUCUGACAUUAAGAUGAAGGCUGUUAGAGGUUUGGGAAUUUUGGCAUGUAGUUUGAGUGAAGUAGCAGAUUUUAACAAGCUCUCCACUCAAUUUGACAUGCUUUUAGAUUCUAGAGAUAGAAGUAUGUUCAAGGAAGUGUUGAACGUUUUUUCAGAAAUUAUUCCUCAAGUUGAUCCAUACUUCCGUGAUAGUUUCAUGAUUAAGAAAUUAGUCUGGCUAGGUAAACAAAAUAACCAAAAUAGUGAUUUGAGAGAUCGUAGAGAUACUGCCAAUUUAUUAUUGGACAAUUAUCGUGCUCUUAAUGGAUGUAUUAUGACCGAUGAAAUUAUUUCUGACAUUAUUGAAGGAUUGAAACUCUUGUCGAAUGAUUGUGAACUCAUUACUGACUCUUCUGUAGCAUCAUUUGUUUCACAAAUGAAAGAAGAAUUGGAAGCCAUUGUCCAACAACAUGCCAAGGAACAAACAAAGGGCUCAACUCUUAUUUCAUUCUCUGCACUCAUUGACAAGAUGAAACCAAACAUGGAAGGAGGAAGUGGAGCCAUGAGUUCUCUUGCCUCUUCCACUGCCAGUAUUUUAGGAUCCAAGGAAAAUAAUUCUCCAAACAAUGCCACAUCAACAGCCUCUACAACAGCCAACAAUAAUCCUUCAAACAACUCGACCAAUUGGCAAGGUAUUGGAAGUGGUAAUCCUGGUAAAUCAAAUGAAGAAGUUAAGGAAAAUCUUAAAAAGAUCUUUACUUUUGGUUUGGCAGGCAAGAAGCAAUAA